AUGGAGCAGACAUUUGACCUUCCCGACUCCACAGACUGGUUGGACACACCGUUGUCGCUCGUCUCGCCGCUGGAGUCAUCUCUCCGCUGUCAAGUCUGCAAGGACUUUUUCGACAACCCCGUCAUCACCUCGUGCAGCCAUACGUUCUGUUCGUUAUGUAUACGACGAUGUCUAAGUACUGAGGGUAAAUGCCCGGCCUGUCGGAGCUCGGAUCAGGAGCUCAAACUGCGCCGGAAUUGGGCGGUCCAGGAGUUGGUGGAAGCUUUCCAAAAUGCUCGUCCGAGCAUGCUCGAGCUUGCGAGGAAGGCCGCUAACUCGCGUGUGGAUGAGGAGUACGCUACGGGUCAACCUGCGACGAAGAAGCGUAAGGUAGAUCAGGAGGAUGGUCCGGAUGCGUCUGGGUCUGAGGGGAUACGGACAAGGUCGCAGAGCAGAAGAGGGAACAGCCAAGCUGAGCCUGUUGUGGUGGAUGCGAUCGAAGACGACCAGGAUGAGGAAUAUAUCCCGGAGGACGGUCUGGUCGCAUGCCCUAUUUGCGGCCGGAGAAUGAAAAAUGAAGCAGUUUUCCAACACUUGGAUAUUUGCACUGGGGACCCAGCUCCUUUAAAACAAGCAUCCUUUGGUUCUCUGCAGCCCAUGUCCCCAGCCUCGCGCAAGUCAAAAGAUGUCACAGACAAACCACCAGAACGGCUCCCGACCAUAAACUAUAGUCUGCUGAAGGAUAAUGUUCUCCGCAAGAAGCUCAAAGACUUGGGUAUACCCAACUGGGGCCCGCGACCCCUUCUGCAGAGACGUCACACAGAGUGGAUGAAUCUAUGGAAUGCGAACUGCGACUCGAAAGCACCCAAGUCCAAACGAGAAUUGUUGCACGAAUUGGCUGUAUGGGAGCGCACCCAGGGUGGACAUGCUGCUCCAUCAUCGGAAUCUAGCAACACAGUUAUGCGCAAGGACUUUGAUGCGGCAGCGUGGUCGAAUAACCAUGGUGACGAGUUCAAGCGGCUGAUUGCGAAUGCACGGAAGAGAAAAGACGCUGUGAUUCGCACAACAAUACCUCAUGCGGCUCCAGCUCAAGACGGAAUUUCCAUGGCUUCGGCACCUGAGCAGUCGACGGAAACGUCAACACCACCAGAAGUUGCAGAGAGGUUGCAAACACAGACAGUACCUGAAGGCACUUCAGUUGCAACUAUUGCUGAGAAUGAAACUCAGACGAUACGGACCCCUAGUAUAGCGCAGGUAGUCAGUUCUUCUCCAGAGUAG